AUGAAGCCGACCAAACUGAAAAGGCACCUAGAAACUAAGCAUCCACAGUUAAAAAAUAAAGAUGAAUCUUAUUUUAAACGACUUGCCACCAAACUAAAGUCACAGCAGGUUGAUUUCCAAAAACACCCAACAGUUAACCAAAAAGCCUUACAAGCAUCUUUUGAGGUUUCCUUUUUGAUUGACAAAACUAAAAAACCUCACAACAUUGGCGAGAUGCUCAUUUUGCCAGCUGCUGAAAAUGGUUUCGAUCAUGCAAGGAGAAAAGUAUGCCAAUUUACUGAAAACAAUUCCACUAUCAAGUGA